AUGAAGUUCGUUAUAUUAGCUUUACUUGCUUUGGCAUCUGGCCUUCAUGCUAAGGAAUUGAACCUGAAGGACUUAGGCUUUGUACUUUUUGGAAAGCACGGUGAUGGUACUAAAACCUCAGUUGCAGCUGGCAAAUGCCCACUCGGAGAGCUUCCCGAUACUGUGUUCCUUCACAAGACCUUUUCUAAGGGAGGUAAAUUCUUCACAUGGGUCAGACCAGUACAUGGCAAGGUUCAUAAGUUAGUAUGUGGAUCCUUUGCUGUCUGGGAGGCUGCUGUUGGUGAAGUACUUCUUGACUUGCACUUUGUAGGUAACAAGGAAUCUGAGAAGUUCCUCCACUUGGAAGUUCUUCACCCAGCUGUUGGUUCACACCACUUAUUCCUUAAAUUCGCUGCUGGUGCUACCCCUGGUGUCGGUGUUCAUCUUGGUAUGGGUGCCUUUGUAGUUGGUGUUCAUGGAUUAGUCGCUGAUCUUCCUGCACUUGAAGGUCUUCCUGCUCAUGCAUUUGUACACGCAUUGGCUGCCCAUGCUGCACAUGUUGCUCAUCAUGCAGCUCAUGCUGCACUCAAGGCCGAUGGUGGUCUUGUUGUUCCUGUCUAA